AUGUACUCGAGGCACGACUGGGGCGGGCCGGUCGACCCGUUCAUCAAGGUCGACGUCAAGAGGUUCGCCUCGGACGACGCCGCCCAAAGCCCGCUCUCGCUCAUCGUGUUUGAGUACAGAGACCUCGACUACAUCGGCGUGCGCGACAACUCUACAGGAAUGACCCACUACGUGUGCACGCCGGAGCUCGUGCAGGAGGCGUUGUGUCCCAGUGACCAGCUCAACCAGUUCAUCGUGCUCUCCAACACGUCCGGCUCGAAUCUGAUCAGCACCGCGCAGCUCACGGAGCUCGGCACCAACGGCUACAGCUACCACGUCGCCAACACGGGCUACUACUGCGUCGCCGUGUACGACCCGCAGGUUUCUGCCAAGGGCUCGUUCAGCGUGAUCGUCAACUUCCACAACGCGUACGGCAACCUGCCCGCGUCGGAGAUCCCGAAACUGCCGCUGUACGGGCUUCUGGCGGUCGUCUACGCCGUGUGUUUGAGCGUGUACCUGUUCCAGGUGUUCAAGCACCGGUCGGAGCUGCUUCUGCUGCAGAAGUAUCUCGCGGGCUUUUUCGUGUUCCUCACCGUCGAAAACAUCCUCGUGUGGUCGCUGUACGACGUGGAAAACAACAACAAGAAGUUCCCGAUCCCAGACGGCAUCAAGUUCUACAUGUCGUUUGUGUCGAUGCUGAACGCGUUCCGGAUCUCGUUCUCGCUGUUUCUGCUGCUGAUCAUCUCGCUCGGCUACGGCGUCGUGUACCCGAAACUGCAGCGCAACGUGAUGAACAAGUGCAAGCUGCUGGCGGCGACGCAUUUCGUCGUCAGCACCGUCUACAUCUGGUUCUCGUACUACUCGAGCCAGGUCCAGCCGUCCGACACCACCACGCAGACGGCCAAGGCGUCCAGCACGAUCGAGUCGAACUCGUGGCUCGUGAUCGCGGUCACGCUGCCGCUGGCCGUCCUGAUGGUGGUGUUCUACUUUCUGAUCCUCUCGUCGCUGCAGAAGACCGUCAAGCUGCUCACCGAGAAGAAGCAGGUCGUCAAGCUCAAGAUGUACAGGAACCUGUUCAAGCUCAUCUUCUUCUCGAUGCUGCUCAUGCUGUUUGCGCUCAUCAUCAACGUCGUCCUCAUCUUCAACGACUCGCUCACAGAGUCGAUCGAGAGACUCUGGAAGUUCAGCGACGUUCUCACAGACUUCUGGCCCGCCUGCAUCUACUUCAUCGUGUUUAUCGGGCUGGCCAUCAUCUGGCGACCAACGGACUCGUCUUAUCUGCUUGCUGCGUCCUCGCAAAUCCCGACAAGCGACAACGGCGAGAUCGACCCCGAGGACCCGCAGGAGGUCUACAACAACCUCGACCAGUUUGGCAACGAGUUUGAGUUCGACGACCUGCGCAGUCUCGAGAGCGGCAAUCCGUUUGACGACCGCACAGCUGCGGAGCACAGCCCGGAAAACCCGUUCCAGGACCCGGAGCACAAGCCGGACAGCGACCACUUCAAGAUAGACGACGACGACGAGCACGAGGUGCCGAGAGAGGACACGAGUAAAUAA